AGCAGGAAGACAGACAGGUAGGCAGACAGACAGACAGACAGUCAGAGGCAGAUCUCUGCUCUCAUGGCUUCUCUCAGCGCUGCGUCCCUCCUGGCUCUGAGCUCCCUGAUCUGUCACCUGGCUGCUUCCUCUGAAGCCCUGAACCUGAACCUGACAGCUCGACCUGGAGACGAUGUCACCCUGAGCUGUCAGGCUCCUGAUGGUGUCAACAUCAGAGCAGCAGAGUGGAGAAGAACUGACCUGUGGGAACUAAAAUAUGUCUUCUUCUACCGAGGCGGGCGCUUUGACUUAGUCUACCAGCAUCCAUCUUUUGAGAACCGAGUGGAGCUGAAAGACAAAGAGAUGAAGAACGGCGACCUGUCUGUGAUUCUGAAGAACGUGAAGAUGGAGGACGGAGGAACAUACGAGUGUCGCUUUGCAGCUGCUGGAGCCAAACACAGGAACAGAGCCAUUAUUAAAACUGCUCCCAUCUGCAUCAUUGAGCUGGAGGUUGCAGGUCCAGGUGACCUUGUGAGCGACUGUUUGUUUGUGCUCUGUGACCUUGCUGCCAGACAAAUGAAUGACUUCUUGCAUCUCAAGACGCCCUGCGACACAUCGUGA